AUGGCCGACCACUCCGACGACCUCAACGAACUCCUGGACAGUGCUUUGGAUGAUUUCCAAACCCUCAACCUAAAUUCUUCCCUUCCAAGAACCGGAGAAGAAACUACGAACAAUAAAGAAUCUCCUUCUUUGCCUUCAGGGGUUCAAGGAUUGGGAUUAGGUUUACCCGAUUUGAGAAGCAAGAAAAAAGGGAAACAGAAGGUUUCUAAAGAUGCUCAUGUCUCUGAGGCUCUUAAUAAGCUAAGGGAGCAGACUAAAGAGGCUGUUAAGGGUCUUGAAUUCAUAACUCCUCCACCUGGUGCUGGUGGUGUUGAUGAUUUUGGUAAAGAUGGUAUGAUGGAGGAUUGGGUUAAACAGUUUGAAGAACUUACUGGCUCUCAGGAUAUGGAAUCUAUUGUGGAGACCAUGAUGCAACAGCUUCUGUCCAAGGAGAUACUUGCCGAACCAAUGAAGGAAAUUGGAGAAAGGUAUCCUAAGUGGUUAGAAGAUCAUAAAGCCAGCUUAAGCGAAGAAGAAUAUGAACGGUAUUCACAGCAAUACGAGCUGAUUCGGAAUCUUAACGAAGUUUAUGAAAAAGAUUCGGGAAACUUCACCAAGAUUGUUGAGCUUAUGCAGAAAAUGCAAGACUGUGGACAACCUCCAAAUGAUAUUGUCCAGGAGCUUUCUCCCGGUUUUGACUUAGCCAGUUUUGGCCAGAUAUCUCCAGAAAUGCUUGACGGUUCUCAGCCAAAUUGUUCUAUAAUGUGA